AUGUUUACUGCUAGAUCAGCUUUCUCGACUAUUGGAAGACGUGCCUUCUCUGUUUCUGCACACCAGGUAUUGUACCCAGUGGCCGCUAAUCAUCCCGGUUGGAUGAAGAAAUUUUUCCACCCAUGGCUUCUUUUGAAAUUGACUGCCACGAGAGCUUCAACUGAUUUCAUUCACUUCUUGGUGUUUUAGAGCUCUAAGGUUACUAUUCUAGGCGCCGCUGGUGGUAUUGGCCAGCCUCUAUCACUGCUUCUCAAGCUAAACCCUAGAGUUACCGAUUUGGCCUUGUACGAUAUCCGGGGCGGGCCAGGUAAUUAGCAUGCCCACGUAUGGCCUGCCUUAUGGAUGCUAAUUGCACUAUCCAGGUGUUGCUGCCGACGUUUCUCAUGUCAACACGAAGAGCAAAGUCACCGGCUAUGACCCGGCUCCCGAAAAAUUGAAGGCUGCACUCGAGGGCGCCGAGAUUGUCCUUAUCCCUGCUGGUGUUCCCCGCAAGCCUGGGAUGUCCCGCGACGGUAAACAUUCCCGGACAAACCUUAAUCCUAUACCAGACUGACUCUCUUAGAUCUCUUCAAGACCAAUGCCUCCAUCGUUCGCGACCUGGCCAAGGCUGCCGCCGACUAUGCGCCUAAUGCUAAGCUCCUUAUCAUUUCCAAUCCCGUCAACUCUACUGUUCCUAUCACUGCAGAAGUACGUUACCAUCGUGUUCCCAUCUUAACCCUAGAAAUACCGACGAAAAAAUUAGGUCUUUAAGGCCAAGGGCGUCUACAACCCCAAACGCCUCUUCGGUGUUACCACCUUGGACGUCGUCCGCGCUUCGAAAUUCAUCUCCGAGAUCCAGGGAACCGAUCCUGCCGGUGAAGAGGUCACCGUUGUCGGUGGACACUCUGGUGUCACCAUCGUUCCCCUCCUAUCUCAGUCCAACCACCCCUCUAUCGACGGCGCGACCAGAGAUGCCCUUGUGAAGCGUAUCCAGUUUGGUGGCGACGAGGUUGUCCAGGCUAAGAGUAGUGCUGGCUCUGGUGGCUCUGCUACCCUUUCUAUGGCCUUCGCUGGGAGCCGGAUGGCAGACUCCCUUCUGCGCGCUUCGCACGGUGAAACCGGUGUCUUUGAGCCUGCCUUUGUUCAGAGCCCGCUCUACAAGGACUAUGGCUGUGAAUUUUUCUCCUCCAGGAUCGAGCUGGGUCCCGAGGGUGUUAAGGAGAUUCACCCUGUCGGAAAGGUCAACAAGUAUGAGGAGGGGCUGAUCGCAAUUGCCCUCAAUGACCUUGCAGCCAAUAUCAAGAAGGCAAGACACUGUGAUACCCCCCCCAUUUAUGCCAUUACUGACCCCCGUAUAGGGUCAGGAGUUUGUCAAGGCAAACCCAUAAGCAGGCGAUAGUUGGAUUCCUUAAGGGUAGUUGCACGGUUUGUUUCAUACGUCGUGAUGUACUUUCUCAUGUGAUUUCUUUAGUGUCUGUAGACCGCGGGGCUAUGUGGCUAAACGUCUCAUCACCCUUGAAUCAAUAUAUGAAAAAGAAAUUUUUUUAAAAAAAACUCAAUUCCACUUCGUCUUAUCAAAAGUUUAAAGCACCUGUACCAUAGAAAAAUCGCAUACCGGUAAACAACG